GUCAAGCCACGUCACGGUAGUGAAUGCCUGCCAACUCUGCCGCCGACUUGAUUGUUGGUUAAUAAAUUGUUAAUACAAAAUGAAUGUUUUUCGAUUAGCGGGAGAUUUGUCUCACCUUCUCGCUAUUAUAAUUUUAUUACUAAAAAUAUGGAAAACAAGAUCGUGUGCAGGUAUAUCGGGCAGGAGCCAAAUCCUCUUUGCUCUUGUGUAUACGACUCGUUAUUUGGAUCUUUUCAGCAAUUUUAUAUCUGUGUAUAAUUCAGUCAUGAAAGUUUUCUUUAUUGGCACUUCAUAUGCAACACUAUAUUUGAUGUACAUUAAAUUCAAGGCCACCUAUGAUCGUAAUCACGAUACUUUUCGAAUUGAAUUCCUUGUCAUACCAGUUGUUAUUCUGUCACUUGUCGUAAAUCAUGAUUUUACUCCGCUUGAGAUAUUGUGGACAUUUUCAAUCUAUUUGGAAUCUGUAGCUAUUUUGCCUCAACUUUUUAUGGUGUCAAAAACUGGAGAAGCAGAAACCAUCACUUCACAUUACCUCUUUUGCUUGGGUUCAUACAGAGGUCUCUACAUACUGAACUGGGUGUACCGUUACUAUUCAGAAGGAUUCUAUGAUUUAAUUGCUAUCAUAGCUGGUGUUGUACAGACAGUUCUCUACUGUGACUUUUUCUAUUUAUAUAUUACCAAAGUUAUUAAAGGUAAAGCUCUGAAGUUACCUGCAUAAGGAAUGUGUUCAUGCUUGGUAUCAAAGCUAUUGUGCACAUGUCUCAUCAGAAGUAGGAGUUGGCAUUUUGAGGACUUUUCUUGAUAUUCAUAAACUGAGAUUUUAUGAGAGUGUGAAAAAUCUUCAUAACAUUGGUUUGUGUGCUCCAGUGUUUUUGUAUUUUGAAACUCGCCUCAUUCCGUGGUGCUGGUUUGAACCUGUGUAUUAUUGGUACCUUUACAUUACUUUCAUGACAUUUCUUCACUUCUGUACAUUUCUAAUCUCUUUUUUAAAUUAUUUAAUUCAGAAAUCUUGAACUGCUAUGUAAUUUCUUAAAGUAUAUACUUUUUACCUUAUUUUAUAUUGGAAACAUUUUUCUACAUGUGUUACAGCUGCUAAGUCACUGCAGUGGACAAUUGUAUUUAAUUUAAGUGCGUUUAUGUUGCUUACAUGGAAUUAGUUAAAAAAUUUGUGUUUAUAUUAUAGGAGUGUGUAUGAAGUUGUUUCUUGUGAAUUGGUUUGAAAUGUAAUGAAUAGGUACCAUGUAUUUGGCAAUGAAUGCACAGAUUUUACAGGUUGGGGACUUAGUAGCAAAUCUUCCACUUGAUGUGGAAAAUGUAUAUUGAGUUCUAAGUGUAUAAUGGAAAAAAAAAAAAAAGAACUUUUAUUAAUGUGCUUUAAUUUUGUGGUUAAGUUUAAAUAAUUUUGAAUAUGUGUGUGUGUUUGCAAAUUUCAGUCAUUUUCUUUUUUCUAAUUUUCCUGUUGCAUUGCUUGAAGAUUAUAUUAAAAAUUUGUUUCGUUUCUUUGAUCUGACAUUUUGUGUAAUAAAGACAUGCAGAAAAUAAAAGCUAGUCUGCAUAGUGUGUUUUAAUGUUUGCUAUAAAAAUUGCAAAAGCAAUCACUUAUAACAUGUCAGUACCUUAUUUUCUGAAUGAGGUUCCUGAAAAACCUGUUUUCUGUAUGCAGUUGAUUGCAUGUGUUAAUUUGUAUUAAAAUUUAGUAAUAAUCAUCAAUUUAUGAAAGCUUUGCAAAUAAAGUUAAAAUAUUUAUAUGGAGAAAA